AUGAAAAUUUGCAGCGCAUGGCUAAGACCUCACGAACACGAAGUGGUUGAUCGCUUCAACAAACGUCUCGAUUUGGCCACGAAUCUCGAGAUGGAAACCGCUGAAGAACUUCAGAAAGAAGAAAAGAAUGCGUUCAGGGAAUUGGGCACUGGAAACCGUAUCGCCACAAUCCUCGUUUAUAUGACUGAACCAGAAAUUGGAGGAGGUACCGUCUUCACUGAUGUAAAAACAUCAGUAGCAUGCACCAAGGCACGUUCUCUCAAUUUAUUAAACUCAGAAAUAAACCAGUCAUGUGGAUCUAUCCCACAUGCAGUGCCUACUCAGAAUGAGGAUUUAACAACGACAAACUUCCAAAUUAACAAUAAGUGCUAUUUCGUUCAGAAUGCAGCACUGUUUUGGUAUAAUUUGAUGCGAAGCGGUGAAGUGGAUAUGCGUUCAAGACAUGCCGCAUGUCCUGUGCUAACCGGCGUGAAAUGGGUGACAAAUAAAUGGAUUCAUGAACGUGGUCAGGAAUGGCGUCGUCCGUGUGGCUUGAAUCAGUUCGAUCAAGAGCGUUACGUCGGUGAUCUGGGUGCUCCUGAGCCAAAAGAUCAUUGGAAUAUCAGAUCCACCCCCUAG